UUCAUAUAUAUCCUUCUCAACUCUCUCUAUUUCUUCCUAACUUGCUUCUUCUUCUUCUUUAGUUCUCCAAGUCUCAGGGCAUAUAUAAGCAAGACAACGAUGGCUCCUGUUUCAUUACCACCUGGUUUUCGGUUCCAUCCAACAGACGAGGAGCUUGUCGCUUAUUAUCUCAAGAGAAAGAUUAAUGGCCGCAAGAUUGAUUUAGAGAUCAUCCCUGAAGUGGAUCUUUACAAGUGCGAGCCUUGGGACUUACCAGGGAAAUCAUUGUUACCUAGCAAAGAUCUGGAAUGGUAUUUUUUUAGCCCUCGAGAUCGCAAGUAUCCGAAUGGAUCAAGAACCAAUCGAGCAACAAAAUCUGGGUAUUGGAAAGCCACAGGGAAAGAUAGGAAAGUGAACUCCCAGACGCGAGGUGUAGGAGUGAAAAAAACCUUGGUUUACUAUCGAGGGAGAGCUCCCCAUGGUUCUCGAACCGACUGGGUUAUGCAUGAAUACCGUCUCGACGAGCGAGAAUGUGAAUCUGCUUCCACCGGCUUCAAUGACGCUUAUGCUCUUUGUCGCGUGUUUAAGAAAAGUGCGACGACUACCCCCAAGAUUAUUGGGGAGCAUUACUCAACUACUGUGAAUAAUCAGAUUCAGAUUACUAGUGAGCAGUCUAAUUCUAGCCUUGAUUUAUAUUCCGAGGGUAGAUGCGAAGAGAGUUCCGAUUUUGGGAAAGCCGUGGACGCUUGUUCAUCCAGUAUUCUCAAUAGAUCAUCAUCUUCUAUUGACGACAUUUGUGAUGCUAGAGAUGUUAAAUGGAUGCAAUGCUUCUCUGAAGACGCGUUUGGAUUAAUUAAUCCUUCCUUUCAGACCUAUGCAACCAUUCCCUAUGCUCCAUCUAAGGUUGAUGUAGCACUAGAAUGUGCGAGGUUACAGCAGCAGAUGUCAUUGCCUCCACUAGAAGUUGAAGAUUUCUCUCAAGUUGGAGUCGCCAAUCACAAAGUGAUGAUGCGAACUGCUCCAAUGCGUGAAACCCAACAUGAAACUGACAUAUUAGAGGAAAUUCUUUCCGUUGCUCAUGCCUCCCAGCAACUGAUAAAUCAAGAUGCUUGGGGCGGAAGCAGCUCCAGUAAUGGUCAUGAUUUUACCUUUACGAAUACCAUGUACCAACACCAAAAUCAAAACAAUGAUCAGAUGAAUUGUCCACUGUACACGAAUCAAUCAUUAGAAGGAUCGAGUACAAGGUCGACAAUGGUGCAGGGAGAUCGAAUGGUUGAAAAUUUGAGAUGGGUGGGAAUGUCGAGCAAAGAUUUUGAGCAGUAUUGUUUCAUGCAAGAAAACAAGGUUGUUCCAAUACAACAUAUUUCGAGUUUUACAGACACUGGGGUUCAAGGUGAAAGUGGACAUGAUUACAACAGCAUUGUUAUCAAUGACACAGGGAUCAAAGAUAAUGAAAUCGAAGAUAUUUCGCAUGGAUUCAUCGAAGGCGAUCACUUUUUGGAAGAAGGUAAUAUAGAAGAUCUAAGAAGCUCACCAAGCUAUGAGGUUGUCGAGGACAUUAAAUUUAAUCAUGGAAUGUUGGUUUCAACUCGGCAAGUAGCCAACACAUGCUUUCACCAGGCACUGCCUUCUCAAACAGUUAAGGUUCACCAAAAUCCAAUUACAGCGACUAGCUACCUGCAGUUCCAGGUGGGGAAACCAGAGCCAGAUGAAGCAAGAUAUAACAAAGGAAAAUCUUUCUUCAGAAAGCUAUAUUCAUUCACCAAAGGAAAGUGUACGGAAAGCCUCAGCUUCAUGAAGUGGUGUAAAGACACUGCAAGUGGUUUCCUUUGCAUGGCUAUGCUUCUCUUAAUGCGUAUCUUUUAUCUUGAGUUUGAAGAAGACACAAUAAGUGAGAGAUUGGUGGAUAUUGGAUUGAAUGCAAAGGACAGUAAGAAGGAGAAGAAGGGUGUUGCAGUUUUCGGAUAUUCGUUGGCUAAGAGUAACGGCCGGUGGAAUGAUUUUGGCUUGCUUAUGGCAAUCUUGGCAUUUUUUCUCAUCAUUUCUUUGGUUAUGUGUACAUUGUUAGCUAGCAUUUUGAUUUUAUACUAACUAUCUCUAUACACAUAUGUUUAAUUCAUUCAUAGUUUUUUGUAAUUGUAAACUGGGAAGGUAUAAGGAAGCUGCCUUCUCCGCAGUUGAAUUAGCUAAGACAAAUUCAUUUAAUUAGGACAUUUGUAAUGUUUUAUUUUUUAUUUUAUCUCU